UGCAGCCGAGUACCACCACCACCACAUGUUGGGAGGGAGGAUAGUAUAGGGAAGUGCAAGGUGAUCACCGAUGCUAAUUACGAUCCGGGCAAAGUGGGCGAAUAUAUGGGCUACUUCCCAAAAACGAAGAUUGAGGAAUACGCUGGUGAGCUUGGAGACUUCAGUAAUCUGGGUUCGGCAAACAUUAACGGACAAUUUGCUUACACUUUUACGAUUUCUAACUGUGCCUGCAGUAAGGUAAAUGCAUGGAUGAGCCAGAUUGCGGGAAGUUCUGAACACUACAAGAACGCUUACUGUGAGUGCCCUUACUCGCCGCCGACAAAAGUUGUGAAGGAAGUUAUCUAUGAGACGCCUUCAACAACAAAAGCGCCACCACACAACCAGGUCCCAGUGGAC